CAGUCAAGCUGAUUGAGCUUGAUCAUGUUAGAUGAUGCCGAUUGCUGAUUGUAAGGAAGGGUUCAUUCGGUCUUUUGGUGGUUUUUUUUUGUGGUCGCGGAGUAGGUGGGCUCGGUUGGGGUGCCGGCCAAGACAGAGUGGUAGAUUAUGUAUGCAGGAGACUGAGUGAACGAAGGGUGGCCGGGUGGGGCUCUCCUCACUUGGGCUUGAACAAUUAAAGGGAACAAACCUAGCACACAUAUCCACAAAAGACGGAAUAGACGGAAAAGACGGUCAACAGGAAGAGGAGGAAAGAGAAAGAACCAAAACGAAAAACCACAAGAAGAAAUGGAACCAGAAAAGAACUACCGAAACAACAACAACAACUCAACUCAACCAACAACAACAACAGCAACAACAACAACACAACAACAACCACGAAGUACUGGAGGAACUAAGCGAACUAAACAACCCAACACAACCUCAUCAUCAGCCAAGAAGAAGAGAACAUUCGACUCAAUCUCAAACUCACUCCCAGCAGAAGAAUCGAUCGAAGCUCAAACCAUACCACCAAACUAUAACAACAACCAACAACAACAACAGCAUCACCAUCAUCAUCAUCGCAACCCUCAAUCACACCAACAACAACUGAUCCUCAACCAAUUCAACCAUCACCACCAUCAUGUCCAGCCUCAGACUCAACCAGGGCCCAACCCACAAUUCCAACUCUCCAUCAUGCCCACCGACGAAGACUUCCCGAUGAUCAGAUGCGGCUGGAAUAACUGUCGACAGGGCUUCUGGAUCUUGGAGGAUCUCAUCAAUCAUCUGGUUGGCGAAAACGGUCACGUUCCGCCCGAUCCAACGGCUCCCAGAGGCCAGAAAUGUCCCUGUGAAUGGGUGGGAUGUCCAAAACAGGGCAAGCCCCAAGGGAGUAGGAUGGCACUCCUAGUCCAUCUCAGAAGCCAUACAGGAGAGAAGCCAUUCUCGUGUCACAAACCAGAAUGCGAUAAGACCUUCUCAAGGACGGAUGCAUUGGCCAAACAUGUCCGAGUCUCUCAUGGCGAGAUCUUGCCCACCGUGCGCUCCUCGACGACUUCCCAGUUGAAGACAAGCUCGAAUUCGAAUACAAAUGGAGGGAAGAAGAUCAAGGCGGAGAACGAAUCGGAAGGGGAAGAGGAAGGGACGGUGGUGGCAGAAGAGCUAGGGAUUCAGGGCAAGUCGAUCGACUGUUCAACCGGCAGUGAUCUGCCUCAACUGGUACCACCACCACCUGGUGGAGGAUCAGCAGAAAAAGAUCUGCUAGAAAUCAUCAAUGAGAACGGAAAAUGGUUCAAUGAGACUAUCGAUAACGAACUGCGAACCGAAGAGGAACGCAAAUCGUUGGAAGAGUUGAGGUUCAAAUACCCCUCCGUCGAUUUCGCCUUCUUGGAAUUCGUCGUCCUUAAAGCUAAGAUCAAAUUCGCUCUCGGCGAACGCGAAAUCUUGAAAUCUGAAUUGAACUUGGGUCAACUCAAGAGAAACAUCAAGAACAAAGGAUAGUAUUAGAUGAGAUCAUGCGACAACAAAUCGGACCAGAGUCGUCGGAAUUGUGGCGGACGACGAUCGACAAUAUCUCGACUCUCCCGCCGCCGCCGUCUACUGCACUUCAUCACCACCACCACCACCAUCAUCAUCAUUCACAUUCCCAUUCCCAUUCCCAUGAUCAACAUCUUCAUGAGAAACAACAACUCACUCAGCAACAGCAAUUGGCCCAACAACAACAAUUGGCUGCUCAACAGCAACAACAGCAACAACAACAACAACAACCUUACCAUCAUCACCAUCAUCUUCAUCUUCAGCAACUCCAACAAUAAACCUGUUUUGUUUUUGUUCCUUCACUUCUUUUUUUCUUCCCCUCUGAUUGUUCUUCUUUCUCAACAAAAAUACGACCUCUUCUUUUCUCUCUCUCUCUCUCUCUCAUGAUCCCUUUCUUUUUUUUCAAUCGUUACUUGGCGGAAUAUUCAGUCUUGUUUUUUUCCCUUUUUUGUCUGGUUGGGUGGGUGUAUGUAAGGUUUGUCGUCUUUACUUUUUUUGUUUUUGUUUUGUUUUUUUUUUUGGUUUGGUUUGUUUAUACUGUGUGUUUUUU